AUGUCUAAAGAUAACAGAAAUGAAGAUAAGAAUAUAAAAAUAUAUGCAGUAAAUUUGAAUGAACACAUAAAAACAAAGGAAUUUAUAAUUAUGACAGACCAUUUAGAUAAUGAAAAGAAAAUUGAGAUAGAGAAAAUUAUAAAGGAAUAUAGAACAAUUUUUGCUAAGGACAACACGCUAGAUCUCGCAGGUAGAAUAUUAAAAGCCCCAGCGGGCAUUAACUGCAAGAUUGCAUGUUUGGACGAGGCCACGAAUGCAUGGCUAGCUGGACCGAGUCCAAAUCUCCCAUCCAAACCACAUAAGCAAAGGGCCUGGGAUACAAUAGCGUCCGUCGCCACCUUACAAACUUUAAUAGAGCCUUCAACUGGCAGGGACUGGGCCAGGCUGUUAGCUGUGUCCAAGCCAGAAUCUGGUUACUGGCUCCAGGCAUAUCCCUCGCCCAACACUGGGACUUUUAUCAACCCGGACACUCUACGCAUAGCCGUCGGUCUCCGGCUGGGAGCUGGGAUCUGCACAGGUCACAACUGUGUUUCUUGUGGGACUCCAGUGGACCGACUCGGCCACCAUGGCCUGUCCUGCACCUCGGGCGCCGGCCGCCUGUCCCGCCACGCUGCUCUCAACGACAUUCUCAGAAGGGCGCUCGUCAGUGCCAACGUUCCCGUCGCUCUGGAGCCCCAGAUUGUGCGGAGCGAUGGCAAGCGCCCUGACGGAAUGUCGCUCAUACCCUGGAAGUCGGGCCGUGCGCUGGUGUGGGACGCCACCUGUACAGACACCCUGGCGGCGUCCUAUCUACCAGUAACUACCAAACGUGCGGGGGCGGCGGCGGACGCCCGGGAACGCCUCAAGGUCUCUAAAUACAGCUGUCUCGGCGCCCAAUAUCAGUUUUUUUGCUUUCGGCGUCGAGACACUAGGUCCCUGGGGCAAAGGUGCGCUGGAAGUCCACAGGGAGCUCAGAAAAAGGUUGAGGGAGGCAACAGGCGACCCUCGCGCCGGCGGCUUUCUCGCGCAAAGAAUUGCAAUCGCAGUUCAACGCGGGAAUGCUGCCUGCGUGAUGGGCACCCUGCCAAGAGGCCCAGGCCUCUUAUUUAA